AUGCAUGCGACUGAACAUUGCCUGCAGAAGAUCUUUCACCAGCAGCGCAAGAUACUCCCCUUGAAAACUGCCUUCAGCCUCGACAAGUACGUGAGUGAUGUCUUGGAGUACGUCCACAGCUACGAGUACACCCACUCCUAUGUGAAGCCGUCGAGGCUACUGCACGGAUUUAGCAAAGGCAAUGAAAACCACCUAUACCUGGUAGACGCUGCCAUUUUCCGUGUACCGACAAGUCGAACCAGCCAUCAGAAGUGCAAAGAAGAUCUCAGGAAGGCGAACGACGGUACCACUGUGUUCGCAACUCGGGAAGCUCGCACUAGUGCCCGCCCACGAAAUGGUACCGUUGAGCUCCUGGGACGCAUGCUGUUCCAGUGGCUUUGUUGUCGACAGUCGCGGGAGGACGACUUCAAGAGUCGCAAGUUCCUAGGCCAAGAGAAGAGCCCACUGAUUGAAGAAGUCCGCCAUCUCAUGAGCAAAUGGAUCCCAAACGAGACCAUGCCAUGUAGCAUCAAUGUUUCUGCACUUCGCGGCUACAGAGCUUUGCCAGGUGCUGCUACAGAUGCGGCUGAACAGGACCUGCAGAAAAUACUUGACCAGCAGGGCAAGACACUUCCCUUGAAAACUGCCUUCAGCAUUGACACAAGCGUGAGUGAUGGCUUGAAGUACGUCCGCAGCUACAAGUCCACCCACGACACCCCGAUGUGA